UUCGGCUCCCCUGAGCGGGUGCCCGCAGACGUACCCUAGCCUCCCUUAGAACCCGGCGCUGCCGCCCGGCGACUUGUCCGGGGAACGUGGACAAGCCCCCUCAGCCGCUCAGACAGAGCCCGCCAGGUCACCCUCCUCCAUAAACCGAGGUGGGUCACCUUCCUUCGUAAAGCGAGGCGGGGUCUCAGUGAACCUAUGAGAUGGCAGUGAUGGAGAUUAUGUGCCAAAGUGCACCAGACUCAGAUAUUGGGCACCAGAAGGAGCUUGCCAAGGGAAAGAGCCAGAUUCCAGCCAAGAAGUCCAGCUCUGUCUGCAAGCUUGAAACUGUGGAAAAGAACCGGGUUUUCUGUGGGCAAUGGGAAAUCCUGAACGAUGUAAUCACCAAAGGGACGGCCAAGGAAGGCAUGGAAGGAGGAUCGGCCUCUAUCUCCAUCAUUGCCCAGGCAGAAUGUGAGAACAGCCAAGAGUUCAGUCCUACCUUUUCAGAGAGAAUUUUUAUUGCUGGCUCAAAACAGUACAGCCGAUCUGAUAGUCUAGACCAAAUCCCCAACAAUGUCGCCCAUGCAACGGAGGGGAAAAUGACCCCUGCCUGUUGGAAGGCAAAGCGUCGAAACAAGGCUGGGAAGAAACGAAAGAAGAAAAGUUCCAAGGUGCUAGGCCAGAGGGGUGGACCCUUGGCCAAGCCUCUCCCCAAAACUCCUGAGCAAGAAACCUGCAUGAUCCCUGUACAGGAGGAUGAGUCCUCAGGCCCAUAUUUCAGCAAUGUCCCUCAGUUCUCCAACCGUCCAAAAGAGAUGCGCCACAGCCCAUUGGUUUUUGAGAAGGUUGGAGUAGGCCUGCAUUCAGCACUGAAAACACACCCUCGAGCUGAACUCCAUAAACUGAUCAGCCCAGUGCAGUGCCUGAACCACGUGUGGAAACUUCAUCACCCCAAGGACUUCAUCCCCCAACCAGACCUACUGCGCUCUUCCCCCUACAAGAAAUUGCCCCAUCCUUUCCCCUUCUCCCCACUUCUCGUUCAAAAGCCCAGACCGUUGGGGACCUUCUUGCUGGGCAACUUGGCCCGUGUAGAUAGCCAGCGCCACCUGUCUGGCUUAGGCCUGGAAACACCCUGUCCAAAGCAUGGCACCUCUGAGAAGCUUUCCGUGGAGGAAUAUCUCGUGCAUGCCCUGAAAGGGAGUGUGAGUGUGGGUGAGCCCAGGAACCUCACCAGCCUUGCCAAGACCUGGCGAGGAGGAGGGACAGGUCACCGAGGCCCAGUACCGGAGACAGAAGAAAACGAAGGCGUCCUGCUCACUGAGAAACUCAAACCAGUGGAUUACGAAUACCAAGAAGAAGUUCACUGGACCAAGAGCCAAGACUGCCUGGGCAGAGGUUCCUUUGGGGAGGUGUACAGAAUGGAAGACAAGCAGACAGGGUUUCAGUGUGCUGUCAAAAAGGUGCAUGUCGGAGUUUUUCGUGCAGAAGAGUUAACGGCAUGUGCUGGACUGACGUCACCCAACUUUGUCCCUUUGUAUGGUGCUGUGAAGGAAGGUCCUUGGAUCAACAUCUUCAUGGAGCUGAUGGAAGGUGGCUCACUGGGUCAGCUGAUAAAACAGAAAGGCUGUCUACCUGAAGACCGAGCCCUUUAUUAUUUGGGACAAGCCUUGGAAGGGCUGGAAUAUCUCCAUACACGAAGGAUUCUUCAUGGAGAUGUGAAAGCUGACAAUGUUCUCUUGUCUGGUGAUGGCAGCCGGGCGCUCCUCUGUGACUUUGGCCAUUCCACCAAUUUGCAGCCUGAUGGCUUGGGAAAGUCCUUUCUUACAGGGAACUACAUCCCUGGCACAGAGACCCACAUGGCUCCAGAAGUGGUGAUGGGAAAACGCUGUGACUCCAAGGUAGACAUUUGGAGCAGCUGCUGCAUGAUGCUGCACAUGCUCAAUGGGCGUCACCCUUGGACCCACUAUUAUAGUCGGCCUCUCUGCCUCAAGAUUGCCAAUGAGCCACCACCUGUGAGAGAGAUUCCGCCCUCUUGUACCCCUCUUACUGCUCAGGCCAUCCAGGAGGGCCUGGAGAAGGAGCCUGUCCAGAGGGCAUCAGCCACAGAGCUGAGGAGGAAAAUCUGUCUGGCAUUGCAGCAUGUGGGAGGUUUGAAAAGUCCUUGGAGAGGACAAUAUAAGGAACCAAGACAGUUGCCUUCAAACAAAGAGAAUAGUCUAGAAAUACUGGAAUCGUUGUCUUUGCCAAGUGGGCCCAUCCCAGAGGCUCCAGGGCCUGGGCUGGCCAUUGAGGCAGUGGGUUUGACCACCAAACUUCAGCCACCUUUACCACCAGAGCCACCAGAGCGAAAUAAGCUGUUGCCCCUGAGGCUGAGCCAGGAGGAGUCUGGGACCUGGGAGCCUCUGCCCCUUUCUUCCCUGGGCCACGUCCCCACCAAGAGCUGCAGUUCAGGGGAGCGAAAAUCAACCUCUUCAGAUGAGGAACUCCAGCAGCUUGAGAUAGAAUUAUUUCUGAACAGCCUGUCUCAGCCAUACUCCCUAGAGGAGCAGGAGCAGAUGCUGUCAUGUCUCAGCAUUGACAGCCUCUCCCUAUCUGAUGCUGGUGAGAAGAACCUGUCCAAGGUUUCUCAGAGCUUACGAGAGAACUUCAGCUCUGGAAUCCACUCGUGGAACAGUCAGGCAGAUGGGCAGAGUUUCAGCUGGAACAACCUACUGGGGCGAAGCCGGCACACAGACACGCCCAGCUAUUUCAAUGGUGUGAAAAUCCAAAUCCAGUCUCUAAACGGUGAGCACCUGCAUAUACGAGAGUUCCACCGAGCCAAGGUGGGAGACAUCGCCACGGGAAUCAGCAGCCAGAUCCCUGCCUCUGCAUUCAGCCUGGUGACCAAGGACGGGCAGCCUGUACACUAUGACAUGGAGGUACCUGACUCGGGCAUCGACCUUCAGUGCACCCUGGCUCCCGACUGCAGCUUCAGUUGGACCUGGAGAGUCAAGCAUGGUCAACUGGAGAAUAGGCCCUAGCCUCCCGGCCUUCCAGCCCCAGAGCUUGGGAUGCUAGCAAUCAGCCUUGGAGGUCCUGGAAUAUGUACCAGCUUUUGGUUCUACCCGAAGAGGACAGCAAGUGGACUUGGCCUUCUCCAAGAGAUUUGGCAUCUGGCAGUAGGGAAGAAGGUUGGAAACCAGAAAGCUGGGACUUGGAAACUUGUGAUGGUCCACCCAGCAGUCCACCAGUGUAAUGGAGAAAUGGGGUGUGUGUGUGUGUAUGUGUGUGUGUGGGUGUGUGGGUGUGGGUGUGUGUCUGUGUCUGUGUCUGUGUCUAUGUCUAUGUGUAGUCAUCUUCACUUGAGUCCUGACUACGUGAACUGGUAUGGGCCUUGCUCUGUGUGGAGGAGGAAGACAUUUAAAAUCUUCCUUCCUAGGAAUAGAAAGGAGUUCCCUCUCUUGGCAGAGAAAAGAUGGUGUGGCAUGUUCAGCAGCAGUGAAUCACUUUACGGCAAUAGGGAGAAAUCAGCUUUGAAUCUGGAGUUGAAGGGAAAUGUGGGACAGCCACUUUGCCCUGCUUUCCUCCAGCAGGUAGGUGUGAACAGGAUGGCUUUCCGGAAGGUGCUCACCUGUUUGCAGUUACAGGAACUGGUGAGGAGGAUGGGGCGCUUCCUUUAGUUAAUGAGGAGGCUGAGGCGGUCCAUUUUUUGCUCCCCUCUGGCUGGGCCGCAUUCCACCCGCUCACCUUCAUGCUGUAAUUAGGACCUUGAUAUGAAGUCUUCUCUUCCUUCUAUUUAAAAUGAGAGACUUUUCAAAUGCAAAGAAAAAAAUCCGUAGAGGCAUAAAUGUCCCGUUAGAAUUCUCUUCUCCAAUUUUUUGGGGGGGGCAUAUAUAUUUGAGAAGGUAUUUGUGUGACAUGAAUCUUGAUAGAAGCAAGUUUGUCUGAAUCCCACAAUGCCUAAUGCAUGUUUUCUGUACUGUAGGCAGUGGGUCAACAGCCUACUCAGUGAGUUUCUCUUUCCCACUUACGUCGCAUCUUGGAAGUCAGGCUAACUAGAGCUUCUGGUCACAGCAUGUUUGAGAAGUCCUUUACUGUCCCAGGUAGAGGAGUUAGCAUCAGACUGUUUCAGAGUUCUCUUCAUGGACAGCCGAAUUAGGACUGACUGGGCAUGGGGAGAGAAGCACAUUUUAUUCCCAGCUCUACCAAUGCUUCUGGGCCCUUAGGCACACAAGUCUCCCUUAGUUUUCUCAUAUGUAAAAGUGGUUGCAGUAAUCCUUCGUUUCUAAGGGUGUGAUUAUGAUAAAAUGAGAUAAUUGGUAUGAAAGCACUUUGCAAAGUGAAGUACCCCGCAAAACGUCGGCUCUUAUUGGUUCUAGCUGCCAGGUUCAGCCAGACCAGAACCUCAGACCCUUGAUUUCAUUCACAUGUCGAGUGUCCCACUCAACAGGGAUCCAGUGGGGCAGAUCAAGGCACUGAGGCGCCUUGGGCUGCAUGGGCUGACCGAGGCCACAUCACGUCCGUGUUCCUGCAAGCACUGACAGCAGCACUUUGGGUCCUCAUGCAUCCUUUUUUGUCAAAGCACUUUGGCAGCAUCGCUGCCCACUUUAAAGGCAAGUUGUUUUCCUUGUGUCCCCCGCCUUUUAUUUUUACACAUAAACAGAUGAUUGUAAAGUCUAAGCAGAAUGAACUCAGAUUUCCCACCUACUUUUCCCCCCAUUCCCCACCUGCCUGGGAGAGGUGCUGAAAAAGAAUUUUGCCUUUGUCAGGGGCAGAGCACAGCCUAAGCAUUGACCUUCUGGCUCCUGCCUCCUUCCCAUUCUGAUCACUGUACCCUCGCCAGCAUUAAGCCAACUGUGAACUGUUUACAUUUAGGAGGAGGGACAGUCGUGACAUCACCAGCCCCCUAGCUAAUCUGGGAUGGGAGUCUUCUCGCCCUGGCCUCCUCCCUUGGGUCUUUUCGUUCUACAGAUGGGUCCAUCAGAGGAUACCGAGCCCCCUCUAAAGGCUCUGGCAUGGCUGUGUUCCCACCAGAACUUUCCGUGACAUCAUGGGCAUAGGAGUUGAGCUGAAUCAAGGUUAAGGGUCUGAGAGCACCAAAGCUUGACAGAUGGGUGUGGAUGAGCAGGAGCGUGCUCCACUGGAAAGUCUGGAGUCAAACAACCUGUUUUCAAAUUCUGUCUCUGCCCCUUGUAUGACCCCAUGCAAGUCCCUUAGGCUCUUUGACCUUCAGUCUCCUCAUCUGUAAAGAGGAAGUUGGACUAAAAGACAGCCUAAGGUCCCUUCCAGCUCUAAAUCUAUGGUCCAGACAUGUGAAGGACAUCUUAAGGUCCCUUAAGAUGGUUGCUUCGGGGGGGGGAGGGUGGCAUAAACACGUUGUGAGGGCCCAGGUUUCUCCAGUCGUUCCACCUGAGUGCAGCCACUGAGAAUCCCAAAUGCCAAUAGACACUUGUGGUGGAGCCACAGCUGCCCAGCCAAGGACAGAUGUCUCACCAAACACUGGAGAACAAGUCCCUCCUUGCACCACCAUCAGUACUGACAAAGAUGGACUGACUUUUCAGAGUUGGAUUGUAAAUGUUGCCUUUUUUAAAAAAAAUAAAGUUUGGAAUGAUGAUUAUUUUCCU